AUGGCUGCACAACCUCCUUUCAUCUCUCACAUCCUCGAAACAUGUCUAUACGUACGCGAUGUCGGUGCAUCAGUUGAUUUCUAUAAAUCCGUCCUAGGUACCGAGCCUUUUAUACAAGCACCUCGCGUUGCCGGCUUUAAUCUCGGAUCCACGACUCUUCUACUCUUCCAACUCGGGCAGACCUCUAAGAACAUUAUCGACCCUAACGGCGGAGUCAUCCCGGGUCACGGUCCUAGUGAACAGAUCAUCUCUUCCCUCCGCUCCGACAACCCAGGUAACAGAACUUAUCUAAAGCAGCAUUUCUGCUUUGCCGUCGAUAGUCCUGCCGACGUGGUACAGUGGGAUGCGUAUCUUCAGAAACUCGGCAUCCCCGUUACUGGCCGCAUGGACUGGGAUCUUGGUGGGAAAAGUGUUUAUUUUGAAGACCCGGAUGGACAUAUUGCAGAAAUCGGGUCGCGGGGGAUUUGGAAGCACUAUUGA